AUGUUGUCCAGUGCAUUUUUCGCUUCAAAAGAGAGUGAAAAUAACUGGAGAAACUACAUGAUACUUACUUACAAAACUCCCCUAGAAACUAUACCAAGUGGUCCAAGCAUUUUUCAACUUUCCAAAAUUUUGAAAGACACCAAGCCUGAGGCUUAUAUUCCCCAGAGUUUAGGCCUCGGACCAUUCCAUCACUGCCGUCCCGAACUUCAGGAGAAGAUGCUCUGGAUAAAGCGUGCAGCACUCAGUAUCCAUAACAUUGAACUCCAGAGAAUCAUGGAACUUCUUAAGAGCCUUCCAUGGCCAUUUGAAGAGAGAAUCCAAUCAUGUUAUGGCAGCUACCUUGAUUUCGACAAGGAAACCUUAAUACUGAUUGUGAUUGUGGACUCCAUAUGCUUGCUUCAUGCUCUUGAUGUUCUAGAGAAUUAUAAGGGACAGCCAGGGGAGGAGGAGGAGGUGGAACCCAGUUUGAUGAUGCUCGAGAAUCAAAUCCCGAUUACUCUGAUUGAUCUAGUGUUACGGGAUGAGACUCUGGCAGAGGAGUUCACUCAGCUGACUAGUCUGUUUGAUAUUUUCUACGAAUUCGUCAGCAAACUAUCUCCAGUGAAAUUGGCCGACGAUGACAGGGAUUAUAUGAGAGAGGUUUGGGGUCCUCCAAAACAUUUGCUGCAUUUUAUGUAUAAGUUCGCUGUGGGCAGGAAGUUAGCUCGGAAGCUGAAUCCGGCUGGGGGGCAAGCCGGUGAGUUCUUCAUCCGGGCAAUUGAGGAAAUAAACUCUUUAACUGCGGCUUAUAAAGAUGGAGGUCUCAGAGUGCCAACAUGGUUCGACAAGACUAUACAAGGUAUCGGUAAGGCUGUGAGUUCCAGUGAGAUGAAGCAGGCCAGUGCUUUGGAUAAAGUUCAUUCUGUUUCAGAACUCUACAAUAUUCCUAAGAUAACAUUUCAUGCCCUUCCAGUUGGAUGUGGUUUCGGCAACAUUGUUUUUGACAAAAUUAAGAAGGUAGUAUACCUCCCAAUGAUGACUCUGCAUGCAAAUUUGGAAGUCAUAUUGAGAAAUUUGCUGGCGUUUGAAGCAGCAUAUAAGGAUGCCAGACAAGGGCCGCAAUCAGAAGUCAGAGACCAUAUGGAUCUGAUGUGUGCUAUCAUAAAAACUGAAAAAGAUGUGCAGCUGCUCAAGGAUGCCAAGGUCAUCGAAACGCAAUUGAAAGAUGAAGAUGUAGUCAAGCUAUUCAAGUCGAUCAAAAAAACCAUGGAAAAGCUAGGUAAUAAGUCCAGUUUUAUUGAUGCUUUCGGCAGGUACACGAACGAAGAUUAUGACAAUGUCCCAAUAGUGAAGGCCUGUAACUGGAUAAAGAAAUGGGCUCUCACUUUCUUGAAUUUUGUGAAGAGAAUUUGGCCUGUGUUUGUGGUGCUGCUGCUUUUCCUGCAAACGUUAUGUGAUAUUUACGACUGUCGUCGCUGGCCGUGGUUCGGGACUACCCGGGAGACUGCAGAUCUUCCUUUGCAGGAUUCUUCAUUUCUAAGCCUGGAACCCAAAGCUGAACUCUUGAAACCACGCAAAUUUCUUCAUUAUUAUAGUUAA